GCUGCAGGAGGGGCAGGUCUGACCAGGUCUGACCCGAGGGUCCGAGCUACAUAUUCAUAGUCGCGUAAAUCAUAUGCAAAGAAGUCAUUUUUUUCUGAUAAUUGCAUUGCCUAGAACUUAAGACGACGUGAUGGCAUCUGCUGACGACGUGCGGGAAAACGUGAAGGUACGUCAGUGUGGUGGAGUCGAGUCCAGACGGAGUUUGUGGAGAGCUGUCUGACUUAGAGAGAAAGUGUGGCGUUCACUUUAAGUUUUCUUCACGUUAAAAGCGUAUGUUAACCAGAAUAGAGUAAACAUUUAUUCCAGUAUCAGCUGGCUGCAACCUUUCUGUGCUUUGAAUCUGUAACUAUUUACCAUAAUGAUAAGGAUCUGAUUUUGUGACACUGUUUUAAUCGUAAUCAUAGAUUUAUAUACCACACAAUUCAUGUUAAGAUUUAUAAAAUCACAAAAACAGCCUCUAUGUCCUGUGUUCCUGUGUGCAGAAGUACUAUGGAAGUCUGCUGCAGUCCACUUGUGAGUUGAACACAAGUGCAUCUGCCUGCAGCUUGGCCUGCCGCCCCGUUAAGAGUGUCGCAGAUGCAUUAAGCCUGGUUCAUCCGGAGGUAACCAAAAAGUACGACUUGCAAUAUUACCUCACAUUCACUUUUUGCACCACAAACACCUUUAGCAAUAACCGAACACUCUGUGAGUAACAUAUGGUACACAACUUGAGAUUGCACAUGCAACAUCAGAUGGUCUCAUGAAUCAAAACCUGCAAAUAUUUUCUGUCCUAUUUUUUGGAGGGACAAAUGCACUGCACUUUACUUUUUAGGACAAGAGCACUAAACACAGAAAGGACAUAUAGAGACACACACCUCAGCCUUUAGAUGAAAGGGUGAAUGAUUGACAGGGUGAAUAAUUAUUUGAUACCCAUUAAAUACUCAUGGUGACUCAGCAUGUUUUGAUCAGAUCUUACCUGCUGGAUUGAAUAUUAAAGGUCAAACACAUGCUGAGUGCCAGUGUAUGUUUCAGAUUGUUAUAAGUACUAAUAUGUGUCAGCUUUAAUCUCUGUAUUUUCUUCUACCAAGCUGCAAGACAUAUUCACAACAAGACAAUAAGUAAAAAUGUAGUUUGUCAGUUACACAAAGCAGGAGUCAAUAAUUCGCCAUAUUAUAAGAGAAAUUUUGACUAGUUGGAUAUUUAUGGUUAUAUUUGUGCUACAUACUGUACAGUAAUGGCACUCUAAUUCACCCAUUACUUACUUAGUUUGUUGUUAUCCCUUAUUGCGUAUAGAAUCACAGUGAUUUUUUUGUGUUGCGCUGUUGUCAUUAACAGUAUUUUCCUUCAGAUUCUUCGGCUGUGGUCUUCCUUUCCCAGCAAAGCUCUCUGGCUGCAGGGUCCUGGACCUCGGCAGUGGCUCUGGCAGAGACUGUUAUGCCUUCAGUAAACUUGUUGGACCCAGCGGACAUGUCACAGGGAUUGAUAUGACCGACGAGCUGGUGAUAACACACAUGCUUUUAGACCAAAUAUGUGACAAAUUAUCCUUGUUCUUUUUACUGAUUUACUUUGUAUGUUUUUUCAGAUCAAAACUUCUCGUCAGUACAUUGAGUAUCAUCAGAAGGAGUUUGGCUACAAAGAGCCUAACAUCACUUUUGUCCAGGGUUACAUGGAGAAGCUGGGAGAGGCUGGGAUACAGAAUGACUCAAUGGAUAUUGUGCUGUAGGUGUAAAGCACAGAUGUGAUUCUGAAUGAUCAGCCAAUGGUCUCAAUGACCUUCUACAACCAGAAUAAAUUAAUUUUUCCUUCUUUUAUUUACAGAUCCAACUGUGUCAUCUGUUUGUGUGCUGAUAAAAGAGCUAUUCUUCAGCAAACCUACAAUGUCCUGAAGGUUAGUCUGAGGAGUUAUUAUCAAAAACAUGAAUGUACAUUUACAUUAUAUACUGUUAAUUGUUCUUGUUUCAAACAGGAGGGAGGUGAGCUCUACUUUAGUGACAUGUACGCCAGCAAAGUCAUUCCUGAUCACAUGAAACAAGAUCCAGUCCUGUGGGGUAAAGAAAAAAAAACAUCUUCAGUUUAAUGUAAAAGAUGGAAAUUAAAUUCCUGCACUACUUGUGUUCAUGCAACAUCCUUUUUGUUUUCUGUAGGUGAAGGAAUGGGCGGCUCUAUGUUUUGGCAUGACUUUAUUUUGCUGGCCCAAAGCGUGGGCUUCAGCACCCCACACCUCGUUUCAGCGAGUCGCAUUGAAGUCUACAACAGUGAGCUCAAAGAAAAAGCAGGUACAAAAAGGCAGCAUGAAUAUUUGAUACCUGAGAGGCUAGAUUCUGUUCUGUCACUGAGCCACUGUGUCAUUUUUGCAGGGGAUAUCAGCUAUGCUUCUGUCACUUACCGACUCUUUAAGCUGCCCAAAAAUCCAGUCCUGUCUGGUGCAACUGUGACCUAUAAAGGGACUGUGGCAGAUUUCCCUGAUCAGCUGGACUUUGAUUCCCGCCACAGUUUUAAGGUAUGGCAAAUUUAACAUAAAUACUAGAUUGCUUUCUUUCAAGGUAAUCUAGAAGAUAAAGUGUAAAAAUAUGAAAUGUCCAUCUUUCUGUUCAUAUUAUUUAAACAUUUUAUCUGUUAUUAUGUAAUUUUUAUGUCUAAUCCAGUGUUUUAUUGAUAUCCAUGAUUACUUUUGUGCUGUGCAGAAAGACGUGGCAGGGGAGGUAGAUGCAGAAAUGGCAGCAAUCCUCCAAAAUUCCCGUUUCUGUCCAGAUUUCCAAAUCCAGUCAUCAGACACUCCAGCUCAGCCCUGCUCAGCCUCAACACCGCAGGUAGAGAAUAACCUGACAGCUUUUAUUGUGAAAGGAUAACUAGGAACUGCACUUGCUACCUUUCUACUUAGUGAGAUAUCACAGAAUCUUUCCACUUAUUUUUAUUUACCAUGUCGCAGUUUUGACCAGAUUUGCUAAAGGAAUGAGUCUUAGCAGAAUUUUUUUAUUUUUUUUAACUAAAUAUUUGUUUCAGUCUCCCACAUGUUUGUUUUUUUUUCUCCUCAGUAUUGCCACCUCAAUCCUUUUCUGUUGGCUGACAAACUGGGAUCAUCGGUGAAACAAUGCUCCAAAACAGGCAAAUAAAGAUCAGUCUGUACCCUGAGGAAAAGUGUCCAGAAAACAAAGUAUCAUAACAGCUCUAAAUCAACACAGUUUAAAUGGGUCUAGAUUGUUGUAAGUUAUUACAACUAGAUUAAUUACAGCAGAUAAAGAAGCUAAUGCAAUGCUCAAGUUUCAUAUAAUUUGAGAAUAGCAUUAUAGCUUAUUGCUGCAUAACAACUAAUGCCACAACAUUAUUUUUCUAAUUACAAAUUAGGUGAGCUUUCGUACAGAAUCUUUUUUUUAAUUUCUUACCAAUAUUUUAUACCACUUGCUGCAGUUGCUAAAUGUAACAUGGAAAUGAACAAAGUAAAAUGUAAAAAAAAAGUUGCAUCUAAAGAAAUUUGAAUAUUGUGAAAAAUGUACAUGAAAAAAUAUUUUAUAGGUAAACUUUCUUGCAUUCUUGUGUUUUUGACAUGCAAAAUGAAACAUAUCAAGCUUGUUCUGGAAGUCAUAAUUAUCAAAACUUCACAAAAGCAAAAUGAAAUAUUUUAGUGUAUGUGUAAAACAUCCAGAAAAUAUUAAAUUUUUCCUGCCUUAAAUAACUUCAAAUAUUGAGCUUUUUCAAAUAUCUAAAAAUUUAUGGAUGCAUCUUCAUGUUAACAUACAACAAUAGAAAGAGUCUGUAAAAAUUAAUAGAAAAAGAGGUCAAAAAGAUCAAAUUCAGAGCCAUAUUAAACAAACAGUCACAUCUCUCCAAUGCGUGUGUUUUUCAAUAUUUAAUCAUGCCUUCAGAUGAUUGGUUUACAUUUUGUUAAACAGUUUUUAAAGCAGUUGUAACAGAGAUAAUUGCAGCCAAUGCUGCACCCACAGGCCUUUUUCAGUAAACAUAACAAUGUGGUAUAUCAGUGGUGUUCAAACUCCCUCACAGAUUAUCCCUGUACAUGAGCAUUAGUAAUGUGCCACGACACAUUGUGCUCUGAUGAAAAACAAAAGAAAACAAAGAGUGAGUAAGUGAAAAAUAAGACUCUUUUUUUAUCAGAUUACUUAAGACAGAAAUCUGAGUGGAAGUUUCUCAGUCAAUCAGCUACACGACUAAGUAAAAGGCCACAGGUUGCUGUAAACAUUUAUGACUGAUCACACCAUAUUAUCAUCAUCGCUUCAUUACUGUGUUUGUGAAGUGCAGUAUUACAACUGACCUUUGUGUCUGACUAGAAUAAGUUACUCAUAAAUAACCUGAAUCUAAGACUAAAUGGAGUGUUUUCAAGAUACAAAGUAGAUAACACGGUAAGAAGCACAUUUUAUAAAACUGUAAAUGUCAAACAAAUACUAUUACUCUUACUCUAAAUGGAAUAAUAAUCUGAGAGCUAAUUUGAAAAUAAAUGUGUUGAGAAUAUCAUCAAAGACUGACAGGUCACUGUGCUGUAUAAUUGUCACACAAAACUGAUCAUUCACUCAGUACUGCAUGUGCAAAUUCAAUAAAGCUAAAACAGAGCUCUGA